AUGCAUUUGGACAUAGAAGGCAGUGCGGCUGCAGCAGACCAGAGCCAGCAGGUCAUCAGCUCCCAGCCAGAAGGCCUGAGAAUCGUGCUGAGGAAUGAGACGCCGAUGCCAGGCUGCGACCGUCUGCGUGCUCACAGGAUCCACUGUUACACUCAGGAUGGGGACCCAGCUGUGCUUCACAGUCGAUGUGACAGCGGCUCCAUUAUUUAUGAUUCGAUAAGCAGGAAAAUAAUAAUAAAUCUGUUUUGUGUAUGUCUGCAGCUGGUCUUCUACAAGGCGGUGCAGAUUCUGUCCAAUCUGGGCCACAGCCUGUCAAUCAUCACUCUGCUAACCAGCACCAUCAUCAUCUGUUUGUUCAGGAGACUCCACUGCAAGAGGAACUACAUCCAUCUAAACUUGUUCGUGUCGUUCAUCCUGCGCGCCGUCGCAGUGCUCGUCAAAGACACCCUGCUCUUCUCGUAUGGUGAAACCACAGACUGCAGCCAACAACCCUCGCUGGUGGGCUGUAAGGCCAGCCUGAUCUUCUUCCAGUACUUCAUCUUAGCUAACUUCUUCUGGCUGCUGGUUGAAGGUCUUUACCUUCACACGCUGCUGCUCGUCCUCCCCACCUACUCCUUCCGCCUCUCCAUCUACAUGCUCAUCGGCUGGGGAAUCCCUCUCGUGUUCAUCGUGGCAUGGAUCAUUUGUAGGAUAUACAUGGAGGACAAGGGGUGUUGGGAGAUGAACAACACCCCCAUACCAAACAGAGUGAUCAACUGGCCCAUCAUGGCAUCUAUCAUUAUCAAUUUCAUCCUGUUCAUCAGCAUCAUCCGCAUCCUGGUGCAGAAACUGCGCAGCUGUGAUGUCGGCGGAAACGAUCAAUGCCAAUACAAACGCCUGGCUAAGUCCACACUCCUGCUGAUCCCUCUGUUUGGGGUGUAUUACGUGGUGUUUUUCUACCUGAUGGAGCCGGAAAAUGAAAACGUGAAGCAAGUGAAGAUCUUCUUCGAUCUCGGCCUCGGAUCAUUCCAGGGUCUAAUUGUAGCAGUUCUCUACUGUUUCCUCAACAGUGAGGUUCAGAGUGAGCUGAGGAGGACAUGGAAGUGUUUUUCUGUAAAGCGCUGCGUGGGACAGGACUUCAGGCUCCACAGCGUGAACCAAAAUGGUACAGAAAGCUCGGCCCAGUGUUCUAGAAACUCCCGAGCCCAGUCCAUCCUGCAGACUGAGAUCACCGGGCUGUGAUCUGCGACACAAACAGCCUGUUUUGUUAAAGACUUUGAGAACGGGCGCUCGUGUUCGGUCAGUGUGGAGGAAUUAUACUUAACCUCGCUUUUAUAGACAUAUCACCUGAUGCUGCAGGGACUGAACUUGUGGCUUUCAAACUUUUUUGAGGCGAAAGACUUCGUAUUGGACCGUCAAACCUCCCGGAGAUAUAUAUAUACUUUUUUUUUUCCACAUCGCCGUGAGAUUUCACAAUGAUCUUUAACAUUUUUAAACACAUAACGGAUGAAACAGUGCCUCCUAUAAUGUUUCCUGAACAACAAAUUCAUUUUUAUAAUUAUUCUCCACAUCCAAGGAUGACUAACUGACUUGAAAAAGUAGUUUUCAAAUAGUUAAUGCACAAAUUAAAACUUACAUAAAAAUGCUAAAUCCAUAUUGGAGAAAGUAACCAUACAGUUUAUAUACCUGAAGGUAGAUGUACACAGAAAUAUUCAUAUUUUAUGUUUAGUUUUAUAGGCCUGAUCUAGUUCUACCUUUCAUAUAAGCUUUUCUUUUUUUUAACUGAUAUGCAGAGUAUGUUUGGUUAAUAAGGUUCAUCCAUACCUGCUGAUUAGUGCUAAGUAAAAAAAAAAGCUGUACCUAUAUUUACAUGGCUGAGUUAUCUACAGUUGUACAGUUGAUAUGAAGGAAGAAAUUAAUUAUAGAGACCAAACGUGUUGUUCAUAUCAGGCUGUAAACAUGCUUAUAUGUGCCGUGAAGUUGGGCAUUUUAGCGUGGCAGGCUAUAGGGAUGUGGAGCCAGCCUCAAGUGGCCAUUAGAGGAACUGCAGUUUUUGGCACAUGAACAUUGGCUUCAUUUUUCAGCUUUGUUGGUUGCUACUGUGAUGUAGUAGAUGUUGCAUAUUAUGUUGCAAAUAUGCUUAUAGGUAAGCAUAUUUAUUCCUGCUUUCCAGUUCGGUCAUCUCACAGGCUGUUCAGCUCGUUAAUAUUGUAAGUUAAGACUCGUCCAAGAAAAUAUUCAGGAAAUAUGCAAGGGAAAGUUUUUGUUUAAAAAUCAAUUUAUGUUUUUUUUUUAAUGAAAACAAAGCUGAAAAAAAAAUAAAACCAAAUAACGGCAGCUCAAAUCCCCGACCUCUCACUUUGGAGCCCCACUGAGCUAAUUGAUUCAGACACUGAGCUGAUUAUUGACAUAGGGAAGCAGAGACCACUACUGUGUGUGGAAACAAUGUCAACAUCUGUCUGUUUUUGGUGCAGAUGGGCUACUCCAGCAGAAGAAGACCAUACCCGAUGGCUCUCCUGUCAGCUAAGAGCAGGAAACUGAGGCUAUAUUUCACACGGGUUCACCAAACGUGGACAACAGAAGAUUGGAAAAAUGUUGCCUGACCUGAUGAGUCUCGAUUUCUGCUGCCACAUUUGGAUGGUAGGGACAGAAUUUGGUAUAAACAUGAAAGGAUGGAUCCAUCCUUUCUUAGAUCGGUUCAGGCUGGUGAGCACAUCCCUUCGUGACCACGGUGUACCCAUUUUCUGAUCGCUGCUUCCAGCACGAUCAUCUCAACCUGGAUUCUUGAACAUGACAAUGAGGUCACUGUACUCAAAUCGGCUCCACAGUCACCAGAUAUCAAUCCAGUGGAGAACCUUUGGGAUGUAGUGGAACAGGAAAUUGGUAGUGGAUGUGCAGCCCACAAAACUGGAGUGACUAUGUGAUGCUAUCAUGUUCAUAUGGUCCUAAACCUUAAAAGAAAGCACAGGAGGUUCAAUCAGGUACUAAGAAGGGGUUAUUAUUAGUGUUAGGAGCAGGGUAAGUUACCACAGUGAUGUAGCCACGUAAACAGAGAUCCACCUUCACGAUACUCCAGACUUUAAGCUGAACAUACUGCAGCCUUCUGAUCUAUUACUGUAAUUUCACAUUGCAGUGCACCCCUCUGUUUUGACUGGCAAGAUAUCAUUGGUGUUUCCUGGGCAACGGUAGCUCUUGUCACUCUUCAUUUUUUCAUGUUUUGAAUGCAUUUGAUAACAAUGUGUGUUUAAAUUGGUACCAAAUUAGGGCUCAACAAAAAAGGCUGUCUGAACAGCACGUUAUCAUCAGUAGUUUCACUAUGAUCCUCUUGAAGUUCAGUUUUUUCCUGAAAGUCUAUCAUGGAUCAUUGUUGUUUUACAUUUAAUUUAUUAAGGCCUACCACAUCUAUUAAAAUGUAUCGUUUUUUCAGUAACUCCAUUUACUUUCCCUUAUCACGUCAGCAGGGAAUGAACGUGAUAGCAUUCAAUGUGAGAUAAAAUUAGAAUACAAAUACUUCACUUUAAGGGUGAUCAGUGUUUCCCAGACACAGAAUGUUCUCAUCCAAACGAACUCACCGUAACAGAGUUUUAUCAGCGCCUUGAGGUGACAGUUUGGAUUUAGCACUAUACAAAUAAAAUGGAUUUGAUUUGAAUUAAAGCCAAAAACCAUGCUUGCCUUGUACAUAGACUGUUUUGUAUUACUUCUCUUUAUUUUUUAUACAGUGGAGAGUAUAUCGCUGGCUGAUUGUAAAAUGCAGAGAAAGACAUCGUUGUUAAAUUUGUAAGCUUUUGAUCACAACUGUAAACCUGUGAUUCCAUAUGUUUAAUCCAUAAAAGCUUUUUUAUCGUGGAAA